CAGUCAACGUAGAACAUUACUGGCCGUUAGUCGUUGACAACUGGCGGGAAAGAAAUAAUAUUUUAAAUUCGGAAUUUGUCAUUCGUAAAAAAAUUGUUGUGAAAUUCUUUUCUUGCCUGAAUAUUUGGUCAGAAAAAUUAAGAGAAUUUUAAAUAAGUGAAUAUAUUGUUUCCUUGCGGUUUCAUUUAUACUAGUAGAACGCAUAAUAUUUAUCUAACCUCAAAAUGUUGCUACUGGGAGAUGUUUUUCCUAAUUUCACUGCAAAUACGACCGUCGGACAGAUAGAUUUUCACGAAUAUCUUGGGGAUUCAUGGGGUAUCCUAUUCUCCCACCCUUCAGAUUUCACUCCGGUAUGCACCACAGAACUGGCGAGGGUCCUGACACUGAUGCCCGAGUUCCAGAAGCGCAACACCAAAGUUAUUGGCCUGUCCUGUGACAGCAUUGAAGCUCACACGGAGUGGGCUAAAGAUAUUCAGUGUUAUGCAGGUGUCAAUGAAGAUGAGAAAUUCCCCUACCCCAUCAUUGAGGACAAGAACCGCGAGAUUGCUUUGAAGCUGAACAUGGUGGAUAAGGAUGAACUGGAUACUGCUGGCAUGCCGCUCACCGCCCGAGCCCUGUUCAUCAUUGAUCCGCUGAAGAAGUUUAGACUGUCUUUCCUCUACCCAGCUACCACGGGCAGAAACUUUGACGAGAUUCUGCGCGUGUUGGAUUCCUUGCAGCUGACUGAUACAGCCAAAGUGGCUACGCCUGUGGACUGGAAGAUGGGAGACGACUGCAUGGUGCUGCCAACUGUGCCAGAAGACCAGAUCCCCAAAGUGUUCCCCAACGGAGUAGUCGCGGUCCCCGUGCCUUCUGGCAAGAACUAUCUCAGGAAGACCAAGUGCCCAAAAGUCUAGCAAACUAUCUAGCACUAAGGGCUAUAUACACAGUGAUAUUAUAUCUAUCUCGCAUUGUUAUUCCUACUUAGAAAUUAUCUUAUGUGCACAUAUUAUGUAAAGUCUGUUGAAAGUUUAAUAAAGGUUUGUUUCAAUAUGAUUGA